AUCGUCUUCAUCCUCAUCGUUGGCAAUCACUAGAUCUGAAACCCUAGAUCGUUGCGAUGGCGCGUACGAAGCAAACGGCAAGGAAGUCCACCGGCGGGAAGGCGCCGAGGAAGCAGCUGGCGACGAAGGCGGCGAGGAAGUCUGCGCCGGCCACUGGAGGAGUGAAGAAGCCGCAUAGGUUCCGUCCUGGAACCGUUGCGCUUCGUGAGAUCCGGAAGUAUCAGAAGAGUACUGAGCUUCUGAUCCGAAAGCUGCCGUUCCAGCGCCUUGUUCGUGAGAUCGCUCAGGACUUCAAGACUGACCUCCGAUUCCAGAGCUCUGCUGUUGCGGCCCUGCAGGAGGCUGCCGAGGCUUAUCUUGUGGGUCUCUUUGAGGACACGAACCUUUGCGCCAUUCAUGCCAAGAGGGUUACCAUCAUGCCUAAGGACAUUCAGCUCGCUCGCCGUAUCCGUGGGGAGCGUGCAUAACCGUAGAUCUCUCAUUGUUGCUUUUGAAGUUUAUGCAUCUGUUUGUGUUCGUCCAUGUCAUGUAUAGGAUGUAGGGUUUGUUUGAUGUCAGUGUUUGAUUAAUGAAUGAUUAGUUGAGUGAUCUCAA